CCGGUGUCGGCGGCCCGAGCGGCUGCAGCUGCAGCGGCGGCAGAAGCGGCGCGGGGGGCCGCCGGCGCGUAGCCGGGACCAUGGAGGGGCAGAGCGGCCGCUGCAAGAUCGUGGUGGUGGGGGACGCGGAGUGCGGCAAGACGGCGCUGCUGCAGGUGUUCGCCAAGGACGCGUACCCCGGGAGUUACGUCCCCACCGUGUUCGAGAACUACACGGCAAGCUUUGAGAUCGACAAGCGCCGCAUUGAGCUCAACAUGUGGGAUACUUCAGGCUCUUCUUACUAUGACAAUGUCCGGCCUCUGGCCUAUCCCGACUCCGAUGCUGUGCUCAUCUGCUUUGACAUCAGCCGACCGGAAACACUGGACAGUGUCCUCAAGAAGUGGCAGGGAGAGACUCAAGAAUUUUGCCCCAACGCCAAGGUUGUGCUGGUUGGCUGUAAACUGGACAUGCGGACCGACCUGGCUACGCUGAGGGAGCUGUCCAAGCAGAGGCUUAUCCCCGUUACACAUGAGCAGGGCACGGUGCUGGCCAAGCAGGUGGGGGCCGUGUCCUAUGUGGAGUGCUCCUCCCGGUCCUCGGAGCGCAGUGUCAGGGAUGUCUUCCACGUGGCCACAGUGGCCUCCCUUGGCCGUGGCCACAGGCAGCUGCGCCGCACCGACUCACGCAGGGGACUGCAGCGAUCCACACAGCUGUCAGGACGGCCAGACCGAGGGAAUGAGGGCGAGAUACACAAGGAUCGAGCCAAGAGCUGCAACCUCAUGUGAGGGGCUGCGAGGUUGGGGUCGGGGGAGUGCAGAGUGAGGAGAGGCUUGGGGCAAGGUAUCCAAGGCUUCCCCGACUUUCUUGCCCGCCUCCUGAGCGCUGCUGACCCUGGCUGGGACGUAGUGAACUGCUGGGGUGAUUUUCCUGAACUAGGGAACAAUGGGCAAGGUGGGUAGAAAAAUGCCCAUGUUCACUCCAUCUCCACUGAAGGGGCCAGAAGGGCAGACCUCUGGGACAGGAGCUGGGAGGGGGCAGACCAGGGUCAGGGCAACUAGCAUGCAGCAGGGACCCGGACUAAGUGUUGUAUUGGAAGGGAACCUUUCCUCCCCAGAUCCCGGUCUGGCUUCGUUCCCUCAGGAAUGUGUCUGUUCUGUGAUGUUCUGUUCCUCUCCUCUGUCACCUCUGCAGCCCCUCUCAUGCAUCCUAACAUCCUGGCCACAUGCACUAAAUUAAAAGCAAGGAGAAGCUCUUCCCAUCCCACCAGUCCAAGCUCCCCCGCUGCCUUCCAUCCAUAGUUCCCAAAUAAA